UGAAUAGUAGUUCGAUUAACCCUAAUUCAUUGGAUCCCAAAUAAAUACAACUAAUCCCUAAAUUAAUCAAAUUCCCAGCAGCUGCGGCGGAAGUAGCCAUGGGUAUUGAUUUGGAAGCCGGAGGCAAGUGCAAGAAGACCAAGCGCACCGCGCCUAAAUCCAAUGACAUUUACCUUAAGCUGCUCGUCAAGCUUUACCGGUUUCUCGUGAGGAGGACUGCGAGCCGGUUUAAUGCGGUGAUUUUGAAGCGUUUGAUCAUGAGCAGGGUCAACAAAGCGCCGCUUUCGCUCUCCCGGCUCACGCAGCUUAUGAAGACCAAGGAGGACAAGAUUGCUGUUGUUGUAGGGCCUGUCACCGAUGAUAUCCGGGUGCAUGACAUCCCUGCCAUGAAGGUAACUGCCCUGAGGUUCACAGAAAGAGCAAGGGCUAGGAUUGAGAAGGCUGGCGGAGAAUGCUUGACUUUUGACCAGCUUGCUCUCAGAGCUCCUCUUGGGCAAAACACGGUACUACUGAGAGGUUCUCCUAAAGCUCGUGAAGCUGUGAAGCACUUCGGUCCAGCUCCGGGUGUGCCACACAGCCACACUAAGCCUUAUGUGCGAGCCAAGGGAAGGAAGUUUGAGAGAGCAAGAGGAAAAAGAAACAGCAGGGGAUUCAGGGUUUGAGAAAAUUAUUUUAUUAUCAUAGCAAAUUUUUCUUUGGUUGAGAGUGAGAUUUUGGCCUUGCCCUUUUAGUUUCUUUGGUUCAAAUGUUUGACGAUACAAUUACCCUUUGAUUAUACUCUCUAUAUUUUACUAGUGACAUGACAUCUGAUUUUGCUUGCUUA